UUCCGUCAUCGCUGGCUGUGCAGCACCAGCACCACCUUGCUGUCACGGCUCGUCCUUCGUUUGCUGCCUAUGAGCUGGCUACUAGAGUGGCAUCCCCACUACCUUGCUGAAUAUUCGCAAACUCUUUGUCUACGAUACCCGUAUUUUACGACAUUCCAACAGCCCCACCAUGGUUCUAGGGCACGGGCACAGGCGGCAUUCGUUAACCAGCAAUCGAUCCUCAACCGACGAAACGAGAAGCGAUGAAGUCACCAAGGAGGACGAGACGGUGGUGGACUCAGAGCAGGGCAACAUGCUCAUGCAUAUCAUUUCACAAUUGCGACCUGGUGCCGACCUCAGCCGAGUAACCCUCCCUACCUUCAUAUUGGAACCGCGGUCGAUGCUGGAGAGGAUAACAAAUUUCAUGGCGCAUCCCGAGACUCUUCUGCCCAUGACUACGAUAGACGAUCCCGUGCAGCGGUUCGUGUCGGUGGUGAAGUUCUACUUGAGUGGCUGGCAUAUCAAACCACCGGGUGUCAAGAAACCACUGAAUCCUAUACUCGGAGAAAUCUUUACGUGCUAUUGGGAGUACCCGGAUCAUACACGAGGCUACUACAUUUCCGAACAAACUUCCCAUCACCCACCGAAGUCGAGCUACUUUUUCAUGGCACCCGACCACCACAUCCGGAUAGACGGGACACUGAAACCGAGAAGCAAGUUUCUUGGCAACUCGGCAGCUAGUAUGAUGGAGGGCAUAGCAGUCAUGCGGUUCUUAAAUACAGGGGAGCGAUUUUUCAUCACACAACCGAACAUGUACGCACGAGGCAUCCUAUUUGGCAAGAUGAAGUAUGAGCUCGGUGACCAUAGCUUCGUUCGGUGUCCCGAGUCAGGGCUGGCCGCAGAUCUCGAGUUUAAAACUAAAGGCUACUUUGGCGGGACUUACAACGCUAUUGGUGGAUUCAUCAAAGAAACGAAGACGGACAAGAACUUGUAUGAACUAUCAGGAUUAUGGAACGAGGAAAUGUGGAUAAAGGACUUAGUAACUGGCAAGAAGGAGUUGCUCUUCGAUGCCACUCACGCCAAAGAAACUCCACCCAAGGCUCGGCCAUUACAGGAGCAAGAUGAACGAGAAUCGCAGAAACUUUGGUACAACGUGACACAAGCCAUCAAGCGGAAGGACCAGGAUGUAGCAACGGACGAGAAGUCUCGAAUUGAAGAUAUGCAAAGAGAAGAGGCUGCAAAGAGAAUGGAUGAUGGUGUAGACUGGCAUCCGCGGUUAUUCCGACGAGUUCAUGGAGGCCAUGGAGGCCCUGAAGAAGGCGAAGAAGAUUUGGAUUGGAUCAUUAAUGCAAAGAUUGAUGGCAAAACACCUGGAGACCAAACAAAGCAAAUCCUUCAAAUCACUGCAAUCCUCCCAGGCCAAGACCCUCACCGAAGAUUCUCCAUUCCUUCACGGAAAAGCAGCCUGGAACACGUCCCAACACGCCGAUCUUAUGAGGUGCAACGCGAGCCACAGCCACCACCGCAUCCACAACCAGGGCAGCCGACGAUAGGAGACCUCAUAGAUCUAAGCGACCCAGUGCCACGACCCAAAGAAGAACCACAACCUAAACCACAACCUAAACCAAAACCUGAGAUAAACUCGUUGGAACGAAAGGGACCAGAAGACUUCCUCCCACCAAAAAUAUUGCAUAGCCAAAAUCAACCAGAUAGUGCCAAGCCGAAGGACUUCCUAAAGCGAAUGGACUCGGAGACUCAUGAAGAAGAUGAGUUCCAUGAUGCUUACGCAUAAUGUGUGCUCUAGGCUGGCAGGCUUUGGGUGAAUGAUUACUUGCAUUGUGGUUAUCUGUAGUAUGUGUGAUUGCAGGAGUCUUUCAACCUGCGUCGUGCUGUAGAAAGUUCUUCGGGCUGUUAUUUUGGACUUCGAAUAUACCAUUUUGGGCACGUGACUUUUUUUACUUCGGUGUCUGUCUGUUUUAGGGGCAAAAUUCGUAUGGAA